CUCACUCCCUCACUGUUCUCGAGGCAGUAGGAGAUGUUGGGUUACACCUCCAAGUAUUUUAGCCAAUUUUUUGUAUCCUCUUCAAACAUUGUUUUUGUUACCACAAACUGUUAGGCUAUAUUUAAUUUCGAUCAUAAGAUGGGACGAACAAUAUAGCCUAACGUUUACUUAUUGGUGCCGGGUUUAAUUUUUUUGUACAAGCGAGGUCAUGGCAAUAGGAAUCUUAUCGACAAGAUGGCCUUUAGCUCUGGAUCCAGCUUCAAUGCAUCACAUAAAAAGAGGAUUCAUUCUGCUAGUCGUACUGACCUUAUCUUUGUAUGUUGUUUCUUACAUCUAUCAUAGUCCUUACAACCAUUUUAAUGUGGUGAAUCCAAUUAAGUCCUGCAAUGUGGUCACUGAAGGUUUGGCUGUCUCCAAAGAUUUCUCAGCCGCAUCCAUUAGCGCCAAACCUGUUCCACAGCAUCAGUAUGUGGCUCACCCAAGCAACUAUCAUUUCAUUAUAGACGAACAUGAGAAGUGCAAGCAGAACAAUCCAUUCGUGGUCUUGAUGGUUCCUGUUGCUCUGUAUCAGAUAGAAGCUCGAAGUGCCAUCCGGAGCACAUGGGGGAAUGAAACUACAGUCAAGGGAAAAGCAGUGUUGACUCUGUUUUUGGUGGGUUUGACUGUAGGAGCAGACUCUGAAAAAGUUCAACAGCAGCUGGAGGAAGAGAGCCGACAACACAGAGACUUAAUCCAGAGCAGCUUUGUGGACUCCUACUUCAACCUGACCAUAAAGACCAUGGUGAUGAUGGAUUGGUUGGCCACUCGAUGCCCUCAAGCGACGUUCAGUAUGAAGGUCGAUUCUGACAUGUAUAUAAACCUUGAGAACCUAAUGACCCUGUUACUGAGACCCGAAUUACCCAGACGGAACUACAUCACAGGUUUUUUGAUGUGGGACCAGCCUGUUAAUAGAAACAAAAAAUCGAGAUAUUACGUCUCAGAGGAGCUGUAUCCCGAUACGAAAUAUCCUACAUAUGUGCUCGGAGUAGCGUAUGUUUUUUCAAACGAUCUUCCCAAAAAACUAGUAGAGGCUUCGAAGGACGUGAAGCCGUUUAACAUCGAAGACGCAUAUAUUGGUGCUUGUCUGAAGCAGAUUGGAGUUAAACCUUCACGAUCUCCAGAUCCUUCUCAGUUUCGGACGUAUAUGAAGAAUCCGAAACACCAUGACCUUUCCAAGGUCAUCACAACAAUCGCAAGGUCACCAAAGCAGAUAGUAGAGUUCUGGAAAAGUGUGAAGAGACAGACAUGAACAAAUCUUCAUUUUUAAAUAUGAUGUCUUUUACUGUUUAUGUUUUUUGUUUAUUCGUAACUUCUGUGAUGCUAAGGCUGCUCAAAUGUGUUCCUGGACCACAAAAUUAGUUUUAUGUUGCAUAGGAAUAUUUUUGGGUGUGGCACGGUGACGCAGUGGGUAGUGCUGUCGCCUUAUAGCAAGACGGUCGCUGGUUUGAGCCCCGGCUGGGUCAGUUGGCUUUUCUGUGUGUUUCAUGUUCUCUCCAUGUUGACAUGUGUUUCCUCUGGGUGCUCCGGUUUCCCUCACUGUCCAAAGACGUGCUUUAAUUGAAUUAAGUGAGCUAAAUUGUCCGUAGUGUAUGUCCUUGCCCUCCAAGAAUCUUUUGGCAAGAGUCCAGCUCUAAAUUGUAGAUUUUUUUAUAUCUUAUUUUACUAAAAUCAAUAGAAUAAUAAGUAACGAUCAUGUUCUGGGAAGACAUUUAGUCAAUUUGCAACUGUAAAUAUAUCGAAACUCAAUUUCGAUUAUUAAAUGUACAAUGCUUAGUACUUUUAGUUCUUAAUUUGGACAACUUUAAAGGUCAUUUUCUAAAUAUUCAGACUUAUUUUCCCCAAGAUUUUCAAAAAGUUGUAUCUCGGCCCACAAUUGUCCUAUCCUAACAAAAAUUGAGUUUAACUGUUUUAUUUUUUGUUUUUUUUUACAAGCGAAAUGUGUAUAUAUAUUUUAAUAUUUAUUUAUUUUGGUAAUAUGUUUUUCACCCUCUGUUUGUAGACACAAGAUGAGUGCAAAUGAACAAGCCAUUACAAUUUGGAUGUAAGGUUCAUAUUUCUAAUACUGCCUAAAGGCUUAUUUAUACUUCUGCGUCAAGUGCACGUGUAUGCUCCGGUGCGGCCUUUGUGCGGUUGCAUAGCCCUUGCCGUGGCUGAUGCCGACACUGACGCGCACAUCUCAAAAAAUGUAACUUGCAUGUCGCAAUGAGAUAUAGCACAAGCUCUGUGAUUUGUGUGGGUGGGACCAAGAGCUGCGCAAACCCGUUGAGUCCCAUGAAGUAGGACUAGAUAGCAGAGAUGGGAAGUAACGAAGUACAAAUGCUUCGUUACUGUACUUAAGUAGAUUUUUCUGGUAUCAGUACUUCACUACUUAUUUUUUUGGCAAAUUUUCACUUUUACUUCUUACAUUUUUACACAAAUAUCUGUACUUUCUGUUUUUUUUUAAACCCUGGUCGUUACUUUCAUUUUCAUGUUUUUGGCAUGUCCUUGUGUCAUUGUGUAUGGAUAAGACUCAAAUUACUUAGUAGUCAUGUUGUUAAAAACAGUGCAUUCUGGAGGGCUGUUCUGGUGUAAACUAUGGCAAUUUAUUUUGGCUGAUUGUACUGUAAUUAGUUGCCAGAUCAUGUCAUUGUGAUACAGAAAGGAAAAGACAGCACCUCCUUUUAGACCUUCAUUAGAAAAAGUCAAGAUUCACCUGGGAGAAAUUGACCAAUUAUAGUCAGAUGUAGGGAAAAAAAAGUCUAAUAGAAAUGUAUAAAAAUUGCAUUAUGACAACUGGUUAAGCCAUUUUGCAUGUAAAGAUUUAUGCCAUGAACAAAUGAUUUAAUGUUGUGAGGAGUGAGACUAUUCAACAGAGACCAAAAUAGUACAUUUUGAUCAACAUGACAUAAGCAAUUGAUAAUAUAGAAAACAUCAGAGAAAUGCGCAUAAUCAUUUGCAUGGAUGUACAAAAGCAUUUGCAACUUGUUCAAAGAAAUGAGAAACUGCUUUUCUGAUGUGCACAAGUGACAAUGAUUUGAGGAUUGAACUGGGAGUUUUGAGAAUUUCAAUUCUGAUCUGAAAAAUGGACCAAAGUGAGAGAAAAACUGACAAAAUUCAUGUUUAUUUAUUAUACAAAAUAACCAGAAUACCUGAAAAAAAAAAAACACUGAAAUAAUGGGUUAUGGAUGAGAGCUGCUCUGUAAAGAGAAUAAGCAGCUUUAGCCUAAUGCAAAAAAAAAGUUUGCAGUCAAAUAUUAUCAGCAUUUAUUUUAGCAAAAGAAAAAAAUCUAUAUAUUUUGGACAGAAUUCAGUGUAAAAUGUUAGACAUUAUAAAGAUGCACAGGCCUAUAUAAUUAUUUUUAGAGUGUAUGAAGAUGAAUGGCAGCUGAUGUUUUUGAUCUAACAGCAGCAAAACUACAUGCUGAAUGCUGUGAGUUUGCCUCAGGAUGAUGAAACAUGGGCCAUCUUUUUGAGCAAUGUUGCUAGGCUACAUUACAGGGUGUGGUGCAGCUUGCUACUUUCAUAAAAUUGGCAACAAACAUUUUACAUAAAAAUUGGAAAUGUAAGUUAUUUUAUAUUAAUGUAUCAAUAGGAUGUGAGGUCUAGUUACCUGCCUAUCCUCACUCACUAUCCUUCGGCUUAGUCCCUGAUUUAUCGGGGGUCGCCACAGCAAAAUGAACCGCCAAUUAUUCCUGCACAUGUUUUACACAGCGGAUACCCUUCCAGCUGCAACCCAGUACUGAGAAACAGCCAUACACAAUCACACACACACUCUUAUACACUACUGCCAAUUUAGUUACCUAUUAUUCACCUAUACCGCAUGUCUUUGGACUGUGGUUGAAACGGGUACUUUUUACUUUUGUACAUUUUGCAGUCAUUACUUUUACUUGAGUACAAAAGUGUAGUCAGUACUUCACCUUUUACCAGAGUCGUUUUAAGCAUGAGUAUCUGUACUUCUACUUAAGUAAAGGAUGUGUGUACUUUUGCCAUCUCUGCUAGAUGGAAACUGUUGUUUUGUGUUUACCUUAUGAUUAAUGUUGUUGCACGUCCGCCGGUUCCUGCCUCUGAAUGAGUGAGGUUUAGCUACUUGUAUAUUUAAGAUAACGUUCUGAAAAAACAAAACACCCAUGAAGAAUCACAACACAGAGGAACAUUAAAACGUGCUGCCUGCUAGCGUUUCGGAAGUGCUAUUGCAAAGCAACACAAACAGCAUGCAGAAGUAUAAAUAAGACUACUCACGUGGGGUCACAUCGAUCACUUAAUGCAUAGAUAUAAAUCAGCCUAUAUACUUUCUAAUACUGAAAUCUUAUUUACUAUCAUCUGUUUACAGACUGUGACAGGUCUAAAGUCUUAAAUAUUGUCUUGCUAUUUUUCACCCACCUUGUAUAUAUUGAAUUAUUUAUGCCCAAAUGCUAUGCUAUCUGAACAGGUUUAAGUUGUUUCCUUAUGCAUAUAAAUUUGGAAUUAGUUUUUUGUAUCAACAAUUGUAUUGUUAACCUUAUUUUGGAGCCUUAUCCAAGGGUGUGUCACUGACAAAUGUUAGUUUUGGAUUACAGUUGUUAAAAGGGUGUUUUAGUCAUUUGAAUGUGGUGUAUGGUGUAUUUCCUAGUACAUGAUCAAAGACUGUAUUGUUUGUUUUUUCCACCAUGUGUCUCCAGAAUCUAUUAAUCAUCAUGCUGUCAGCUGCCAUGUCUUCCGUGUUUUAAUUAAACUUUAAUUAUUUAAUGUUAUGUAAUUAAUACAGUCAAUAUAAUAAAGAAGUCUUUCUGAACAGAUUUAUAUUUAUUUA